AUUCCAAGGCUAAUGGAUCCAUGGCACGUGUAGACUGGCGCAUCAGCACAGGUCAUUUAGAAGUCCUCCGUGAUAUGGUACUGGAGGCUGUCAGCGAUCACGAUAAUAAGGUUGCUGCCAAAAUAACCACUCAGGAUUGCCUAACAGCCUACAUUGUCAACGUCUUGAACCGAUGUUUGGGCUCAUCGAUACACAUGAUCACAAAUGCAGCAAGCUACCGGCAUAGUGACGCCCCUUUUGUUCACCCUGACGUCGCCGGAAAUCUGAUAUACAUUGUCAGAUCAGAAGUUAUGCCACCUUACUCAAAAGGUGUGGGCACCAUUGCCACAGUGAUAAGGAAAUCGAUUAUCGAAUGGAGACAAGCAGUAUUUAUCAGUAAUUGGAUGAGUGCCGCAAGUUAUCUCAUGCACGCUGCAGCGCUAGAGGGAAAGCAGCAUUUUUUCCUCCCUCAGCCUGAUGUACUAGCGGUUAACUCGAAUCUUUCGCUGGAUUGGCGUGUCGUGAAUUUCGGCUUUCCAGAGCCUUCGCAGUUCUUCACAUCUGGAGUCUCAAAAUUCUAUU